GCCCCUGGAAUCGUGUGAUCAGAAAGCAGCAGUAGCACCAGCAGCGAGAAACCAACCACCACGAUAACGCCACCACUAACCCGCUCCGUUCCCUCCCGAGCGCCACCUGAUCGCCACUACCCCCGCCCGUCGUUGCCAUCAUUCGCACCACGGCGGCACGGCCUAAAACGAGCAGAGCGCGCGCUUAAAAUAGCCCGGCACAACACGCACCACCCGCCCGCCCGCGCAGGCACGAGCCGUUCCUGGCCUCUCCGCUUGUUGCUGGUGCUGUUCGUGGGCUUCUGCAACAAACCCCUUCUCUUCCCCGAGGCCCGAGACGGCGGAGGGGGCAGGCCGCAGGGGGGCGAGAUGAUGAAGCUGCGGUGGUGGAGCGCCGACGCGUCGGAGGUGGUGGCGGUGACGGCGAUGGGCGUGUGGGAGGCCGUGCUCGCCGGCGGCGGCAGGCGCUUCAUCAAGCGCAAGGACAGCGACGCUGGCGAGACUGGUCGGGCACUAGAGGAGUUGCGGAGCUCCUUGUACAAUGAAAUGCAUAGUUCAGAAGGUGCUAAGCGCCAGCAGCAACGAUUCUGUGGACCAAGUGUUGCAUUAACAUUCAAUUUUGCUGUUGCUGUUGGGAUCAUCAUGGCAAACAAAAUGGUGAUGGGCACUGUUGGAUUUAAGUUCCCAAUUGCACUCUCAUUAAUUCAUUAUGCGGUUGCAUUUGUUCUAAUGGCCACCCUCAAGACAUUCUCCUUGUUACCAGUUGCCCCGCCUUCGAAAUCCACUCCUUUCUCAUCUAUAUUUGCUUUGGGUGCUGUAAUGUCUCUCUCUACUGGGCUUGCCAACGUGAGCUUGAAACAUAAUAGUGUAGGUUUCUAUCAAAUGGCUAAGAUUGCUGUAACUCCAACAAUUGUUGUAGCAGAAUUCAUGCUUUUCCAGAAGAAGGUUUCGUCUCAAAAGGCUAUCACAUUGGCAGUUGUGUCGUUUGGAGUGGCUGUAGCGACUGUUACCGAUUUAGAGUUCAACUUUUUUGGUGCCUGUGUAGCAUUGGCAUGGAUUGUUCCUAGUGCUGUGAAUAAAAUCCUUUGGUCAAGUUUGCAACAGAGUGGAAAUUGGACCGCUCUUGCGCUGAUGUGGAAGACUACCCCAAUUACGAUAUUUUUCUUACUGACAUUGAUGCCUUUGCUGGACCCCCCGGGCUUGCUGUUGUUCGAUUGGAACUUCAGAAACAGCUGUGCUAUUAUCAUCUCUGCUUUAUUUGGUUUCCUUCUCCAGUGGUCUGGAGCUUUGGCACUUGGUGCGACGUCGGCUCUGUCACAUGUUGUGCUGGGCCAAUUCAAGACCAUUGUCAUCAUGCUCUCCGGCUACCUGAUCUUCGGCUCGGACCCUGGGAUGACCAGUGUCUGCGGAGCUGUAGUCGCGCUCGGCGGCAUGUCGUUCUACACUUACCUGGGGCUGAAAGACUCUGCGGCCAGCGGCAAGAAACCGCCGUCAAGACAAAACUCCUUCAUGGGGAUGGCUAAAGCCGCUGCAGAUGGAGAGAACCCAGAUUCAGAGCACGAGGAUUCUGUGUAAGCUGAUGAAACCGUCAUCCGAUUCACUUCGUGCAAAAGGCCCCAAGGGACAAGCUGGUGAAUAGUGAAUUUGCCACUGAUCGAUGCUUAGAUGCUAUUGGUUCGUUGUAAUUUGUCAGUGAUCGAAUCCAUUGUACAUAGAAACAUGUAUCUUUCUCGAAGGUCCAGGAACUGUCAGUGGCAAGUAGGUUGGAUUACUGGCGUUCCCCUGGUGCGGACGGUCGGUCCGUUCGUCAGUUGAGAGGUAGCUGUUCCUAAUUUGUGAUCCCAGUGGCGAUUCAUGCCAGGGUACGCAAAAACUCCCGAUAAUCUGUGAGCAAGUCGCAAGUGCUCCAAAUUUGUCUGGUCCUUGACGUCAAGCAUCGGGUUACAAUCAAACAGCUCCUGUCGUCUGCAGAUUUUGCUGGCACAGACGGAAGAGCGACUCAGGCAAAGAACUGAAAUCAUCACGCACGAGCCUAUAUGGACCACCUAAAUUGCGUCAAUCUGUCCUCAAGUGGAUCUCAAAGUAGUUGACAAGAUUUAUUU